UAAUUUUUCGAGCUCAUUACAGAGGGAGCAAAUUCUGAGGGAUGCCCUUGGUUAAACAUGGACUCGCCUCCAACCUAGAACGGUAGAAACGUCUAUUACAGAAUGGCCCGGCGGUCGAUGGGUUUACUUGGCCCACAGUAUUGAUCUCGCCCAACACUUGUUCAGAAUCAAUCUCGAAUUCCACUGGUAUAUCCGCCACCUAGCGGCAGCAAGAUGAACUACUGGAGAGACGCGGAGCAUGCGCGCUUGGGGACACAGUUUUCUCGCAACGUGUGAUCUAUUUAUUUCAAACACAUGUUGUAGUGAAAUGAUAAUUGCUCGUACCUCUGCCAAACAAUGGCCUUUCUGACGGAUUUUUGGGCGAUAUUUUUCAUCGCCUUUCACAUUUCUGGAGCGUCCAAAACGGGGGAACGGUUCCAAAAUGUCACGGAUACAAUCAAGGGGCUCCUAGAAGGUUAUGACGUUCGUCUUCGACCAAGUUUCGGAGAAUCACCUCUCAUCAUAGGAAUAGCAGUAAUAAUAGCCAGUUUUGACAGUAUUUCAGAAGUCAACAUGGAUUACACCAUUACCAUGUACUUAAACCAAUACUGGCGUGAUGACCGUCUCCAGUUCUCGGGCGGCAACGAGAGUAUGACGCUCACGGGAGAAUUUGCCGAGAGGAUAUGGGUACCUGACACGUUUCUGGCCAAUGACAAAAACUCAUAUCUUCAUGAUGUCACAGAAAAAAAUAAAAUGAUUCGUCUCUAUGCCAACGGAUCAAUCGUUUAUGGAAUGAGGUUCACGACAACCCUGGCAUGUAUGAUGGAUUUACAUAAUUAUCCCCUCGACCAGCAAAAGUGUUCAGUUGAGAUUGAAAGUUACGGCUAUGCAGAGGCUGAUGUAGAUCUCAGAUGGCUGAACGAGAGGGAUGCUGUCUCAGGUGUUGAUAACGUUGAUCUUCCUCAGUUCUCCAUCGUGGAUUAUUCCACAGUGGUGUGGGUCGAGAGACUGCUGACUGGUAACUACACUCGACUUUCCUUGCACUUCAAUCUCCAGCGAAACAUCGGAUACUUCAUCUUCCAGACAUAUCUUCCAUCCAUCCUGAUCGUCAUGUUGUCCUGGGUGUCCUUCUGGAUAAACCACGAGGCGACAUCGGCCAGAGUAGCCUUAGGUAUCACAACUGUACUCACCAUGACAACCAUAAAUAACGGUGUGAGAUCCUCCCUUCCACGUAUCUCGUAUGUCAAGGCUAUUGACAUCUACCUGGUGAUGUGUUUCGUGUUUGUGUUCGCGGCCCUACUGGAGUACGCCGCCGUCAACUACACGUACUGGGGGGCCCGCGCCAAGAGGAAAGCCAAGCGGCUGAGGGAACGCUCCUUCAGACAGAAGACGGACGGGGAAGUCAUGAACAACACUUAUGACGCUAUGGAACUGAAGGAGAUCCGGAUGUCCCCAGUCAUGGGAAUCAGAAACAACCAAACCUUCACCGCAGACGUCGAGGCGGAGGGAGCAGAACCUCCAAAUCUUCGCAUGGCACCUUCAAUUCCCAGAACGUAUGUUUCCCAUGGUUACCUGCCUAGCAACCUUGUGCGCAGAAGAAAUAGUAACUCCCAGCCAAAGAAGAGACGCCUCUUUUCAAAUUUCAAGCAAAAGGCAAAGUCCAUCAAAGUGAAAAUCCCCAGAGUACAAGACGUGAACACGAUUGACAAAUACUCCAGGCUUAUGUUCCCGUUGCUGUUCUUAGCUUUCAACGGCACCUACUGGGUAGUUUACCUCUUUGUAUGACAAUUUACAUGAUUCUGAUGAUGGUCAGUGUCUGAAGGCGAGUUGUUCAUGGUGAUUGUUCGUGAUACUUUCGCACUGAAAGUACCAAUGAAAGCUUAGGAAUGACUUAUGUUUGAAGGGUUAUGAUUGUCUUGUGGACCAUUUAGCACCAACACUCGAAGGGAACUUCAACUAGCGUACACUGUUUGCUGACGUUCACCUCGAUGUUUGAGAAAUGGUGAUGGAAUAAUGUCAGCCAUUGUAGUCAAUGAAAGCAACGAAGAACCGACACAAAGGAAGAAUCGUCUAUUGGCUGUAAUGGACUGUCAACAAACAUGAGCCUGCCCAUACACCAGGAAAGUCGAGCCGUACAAAGGAGCAAAGAUGCCGAUCUUAAUCCAAACAUCGGCAACCAGUGCAAACUCGUGAAUAGCUAUCGGUUGCAUGUGCAUCUUGUUGAAUUUAUUAGCAAGAACGACUCAUGAUGGGAGGUCUGUAUCAUAAUAGUUUCAAAGACGUUUCCGAUUACAUGUCAGCGAUUUUUAUCAAAUUUUGUGACUAUAAGAUCAUUAAACAUUGUAAAGGUGUUACAAUUUCUCUGAUCAGCAAAACAUUUUGUACAUAAUUGCACCAUUGAAUUACACAUCGCCAUCUUAACACAACAGGAAAGGGAUUUAAUUUAACUUUUUGUUCGUCCUAUUCGGUAGUUCUGCUAACUCAGAACAUUUCUGCUUAUUAACUUUGUUUAACCUCAAAAAAAUAUUGUUUAUUUUGGGUGCAGUAAAUUGUUGAACAACCAUACUCACAUCAUUCACAUUUAUAAAGGAGCGGUGGGGUGGCUUGGUGGAUAGAGCGUUCGCUCGUCACGCCGAAGUCCCGGGUUCGAUUCCCCACAUGGGUACAAUGUGUGAAGCCCAUUUCUGCUGUCCCCGCCGUGAUAUUGCUGGAAUAUUGCUAAAAGCGGUGUAAAACCAUACUCACUCAAUAAUGUCCCCUUUAUGUUUAAUGAUGACAGUCUGUGGUGUUAAUAUACUUUCUUUAAUGUAUGUCAUUGUUACUCAUCAAUGUACAUACCUCAUAGUCAUGGUGUAUCGUACCUUUUAUUUCUGUCAACAACGAUGAAGCUGUUACCACGAAAUUUCAAUAUAUAUACACGUGAAAUUGGAACAUCACAACGUCUGUGAGACUAGGAAUUAGUUGUUCAUAUAGUAGAGAUUUCAUGUAAAUACCAGUGUUAGUCCGGUAGGACUUAGAACUAUACUGGAUUUUACUUCACUUAGAAGAAGUCACUUUCCAUUAUGCAACAUUCUAAAUAUGUACAUUUAAUAAUAAGCACGUGUGCACGAGGUAUAUUAUUCUUCAGCUUACUGAUUGACAGGUGUACAUAUACCACGCUGCUCAUUGCACAUGUAUAUUGACAUAUGCUCAUUGCUGUACAUUUCGGUAGGGACUCACUGUCUGUGUAAACGCAAAACUCCAGUUUAUCGGUUAUAUCACAUUUCAUAUAUUACCUUUGAUUUUUAAGACUGUUUCAGAAUGCAUAUAAGUCCUAGGCUUGGUUUGCUUGAGAAUAUCAACAGAAAAGGUGUAAAAUGCUAAGAAUUCAAAAUGCAUGUAAUAUUUUAAAACCGUCUUGCUGUAUUAUAGUGCAUGACUGUGUCUUUGCAGUACAAGAAGAAUAAGAUAGGACUUAUUGUAGGCAUUUAAUUGUAUUCAAAUUCGAAAGAUCGAAUAAAUAUU